GGCCGCCGCCCAUGUGAGAGUCCCCCCUCGCGCAGCGCUGCCCCGUUUUCUGUGGGCGACGGAGGCGAGAUGAGUCCUCUUCUGUAAACAAACACGGCGGCCUCGGGAGCAUCUUGCCUGUAACUAGACACGAGUCACAAAAAUGAUAAAGGAAGAACAUAGAAGCAUUGCUUAAAAACGUACGAAUCUCAGAAGAAUCUCGUAAGAAUCUCGCAGGAAUCUCACCAACCUCCAUGUCAUAAUACGGACAACCAUUUUGUAUUAUUCAUACAAAAUUCACUCAUCGCGCAAGAUGCAGCUGUUACGCAUUCAUUAUCAGAAGUUAUUUGUGUGCCUGUCGUUUGUGAUGCUGGUGUUUGUGGUGGUCAGAGUUUGGGACAGCGACAGUGACCCCAUUGCACAACGGCAGAAUGGAUCAGGAUCUCUCAGGAUCUCCGAGAAGAGGCAGGGCAGCAUCCAUGAAAACAGCAUCAACAUAGACUCUCCUGUUUUGUCUCUGCACCCUGAACGCUCAGGGAACAAGGGUGGCAGUGUGAAUGUGUUUGCAGAUCUGUUUCAAGAAUUGGCCAAGGAAGAGACCUGUCCUUUGUGCUUUGGCCAGGACCUCUGUGAAGAUAUAUCAGCUGGAUUUUUAACAUUGUCAUCAGAUACUCCACAUGUCCACGAUACUGAUGUGUCCUAUGAGGCACAUCUCGGAGACUUGCAUAAGCUGUCUGUUAAGGUAGGAAUUUGUAGUUUAGAAGCUUUGGAAACAUAAAGGUAAAAAAGAAUUGGAAAUAUCUUUAUUUAUGUAUGCUAUAUGAUACAGUAAACCCUUGUUUAAUAUGCUAUUCGGGUGGCAAUAGUCUCUGUUAAUGCCAAAAGCUGGUUAAAUUGAGGGUGGAUUCAGGUGACCAUAACUGAUUUUUUU